AUGAAGUUCACCAUUGUCGCUCUUCUUGCCAUCCUCAGCGCCGCGGUUUCAGCUGCUCCCAUAGUCGCCAAGUCCACAGAGGAAGUAGCAGUGCGCUCCGAGGAUAGCACCGACAAGGCUCCUUCCGCUUGUGGAGUGGAGGGAUCAUACACCUAUCUUUACUGCUAG